AAGCACCACCUCAAGGUCAACCUCCUAGUUAUUCACGGCCAGCUCCCGGAUUCCAAAAUCCGCCUCAAGCUCCACCUCAAGGUGGAGACCUCGCAAAUAUCUUGGCCCAAUUUAUGACGUCUACCCAAGCAUCCAUCCGAAAUUUGGAAACACAGAUGGGUCAAUUUGCAACCCAACUAAACGCGAGGCCAGACGGUACAUUACCGUCAAAUACGGAAGAUCCUCAAAAGGGCAUCAACGAGCAAUGCAAAGCCGUAAGUUUGAGGAAUGGGAGACAAUUGGAAGAAGUGACGAUGAAAGCGACAAGCAAGGAUGGAGGAGAGCAACAAGAAAAAGAAGUUGAGACUCUGACAGAUCCACCAGGUGAGAAAAGGGUCGUUGCACCUAAGCCGACCCCACAGGUACCUUAUCCUCAACGCCAGAUAAAGGCAAAGAAUGAGUCGUACUACAAAAGUUUUCUUGAGCAAUUGAAUGAAUUACAUAUUAAGAUUCCUUUUACUCGAGCACUUGAACUAAUGCCUCAUUGGGUAAAAUUUUUGAAAGACAUUGUAUCGAAGAAACGGAAUUCUCGGUGAACAUGAGAUGAUAGCCUUAAC